CCACCGACCAAUAAUCUCUCGCAACUGUCAGAAACUUUUUGACAUUAACACCGCCCUAUUUUAAAACUAAAUUAAAACCCGCUAAUUAAAAUUAAUCAAUCGCGUGCUACAUUUGAAAUCGGAAAAGCGAGAGAAAGAGAGAAGAAAGAAAAACAAAGAACCAGUCUUUCAAAAAUGGCGAGUGCAACAGGUUACGGUGACGCAAACCAGAAGAUAGACUACGUCUUCAAGGUGGUUCUUAUCGGUGAUUCCGCCGUCGGAAAAUCUCAAAUACUAGCUCGUUUUGCCAGAAAUGAUUUCAGCUUGGACUCUAAAGCUACAAUCGGUGUUGAAUUUCAAACUCGCACUUUGGUUAUUCAACAUAAGAGUGUUAAGGCUCAGAUCUGGGAUACUGCUGGUCAAGAAAGAUAUAGAGCAGUUACAAGUGCAUACUACCGGGGUGCUGUUGGGGCAAUGUUGGUUUAUGACAUUACCAAACGUCCGAGCUUUGAUCACAUACCUAGAUGGUUAGAAGAACUGCGUAACCAUGCUGAUAAGAAUAUAGUCAUCAUUCUUAUAGGAAACAAAAGUGAUCUUGAGGACCAGCGUGCAGUACCGACAGAGGAUGCAAAAGAGUUUGCUGAGAAAGAAGGUUUGUUUUUCUUAGAGACCUCUGCACUGGAAGCAAUUAAUGUUGAGACAGCCUUUAUGACUGUUUUGACAGAAAUAUUUAACAUUGUCAAUAAGAAGAACCUGGCUGCUGAUGAGAAUCAGGGAAAUGGCAACUCGGCAUCUCUGUCUGGCAAGAAGAUUAUUAUUCCUGGUCCUGCACAAGUCAUCCCCGCCAAGAGUAGCAUGUGUUGUCAGUAAUUCUGAGUUAGUUUAUAGUUUGUUUCAAUUUACUAGAUUUUCAUGGCUCUAUGUUCCUAUCUCCAAUUUUUAAUGUUUUGCCUCAUUUCCAGUGUAAAUUUACAUCAUUCAAAAUUUAUUUUGCCUGACUUGUUGAUUUAAGACCAGCAGAUUAGAGGCAAAUUACAAACUGCUUGUUACAAUCCCUAGUGAUUUAAUAGAUGGCUUGGCUGGAAUUGGAACA